UCAAGAUGGUUGGACGCGUCGCCGCGCUCGUUCUUUGCCUGGGAUGGUUGCUGCCCGAAGGCGACGGUCAAAGGAUCAGUGCAAUCGCGGGACCCUUCCGUGUGAUCCCGGACCACUUCGAAAAAUGCCCACCGCAUAUGCGUCCGAAUAAAACGUUCUACAAGCACCAUUACGUCGGUUGGAGAGACAGAAAGAAUCCGGAUUUGUGGUUUUAUUCGUGGAACGGAACAUCGUACUUCGAAGUAAACGACGACCUCACGGUCGAUGUUAACAUAGCAUCCUGGAGUGCUCGGGGUGGCUGGAAGGACAAUGCGUAUGUUUUCUCGUUUCAAAGGUGUUGCACGAAGGCCCGCACUCUGGCCCCUACUCUCUGGCGGAGGGCCAUGGUGGCUUUGUUUGACGACCCCAGUCGCGCCUGCCCGUUUCCUCCGGGAUCAUACUCUGUCCACAACGUGUCCAGCGACAUCGACUUCGACGUAAAAGCGGUGCCGGCGUUCUACUACGGAAAAUGGCGUGCAACCGGGAAGUUUUCGCGGACCUCGACGCGGGAGCUAAUGGGGUGUGCUAGAGCUUUUGCGUCCACUGUGCCCAAACUGAGCUCUUCGGUUGGUCCGCAUCACAUCGAGUCCACAGAUUGAACAAAGAAGAUCAAAGAAG